AUGCAGGUGAUCAGCUCUGGUCUGAAUGGAUUUGUUGCUUUGUAUAGUGAUGGUAAAUAUGGUCGUUCGUAUGGUCCUGCUGGCGGCAUCGGGACUGUGAAAACAACUGUUGGUGUCUCCAUUUUAUCUCCUGAUGCAUUUGAUGAACCUGUAAGUAAUCUUUGUAACAUUUUUAGUUUUUUUAUUUUUGUUCCUUCAAUUAAUUUUACCAAUAAAUAGGUUAGAAAUAUUAUGUCAAGUGCUGCAUUAACCACGACAUGGUAAUUAUGUUUGUCCGUUACAGUAUCUGAAUGUGUUUCUGUUUCACCAGGAAAUAUUCUUUGUUUUUAGUAGUUGCUUUCUAUUGAAGGUCGUCUUAAUAAGUGAAUAAAAGAGAAUGGUUGACUAGUGAUUAUGCAGUAUUAUAUACUAUGAUUUGUUUUCUUUUGUUUUGUCUACAUAUUUUUUAUCUAUAAAAUACUAUAAAUAAAUGACGAGUAGAUAGAAUGUAAACAAGCCUAUUUUUAGUGUUUUCCUUCAGUGCGACUCUUGACUUACCCCAAACUAUUUGUCAGCAGUAGAUUCACGCUCUUUUUCUCCAUAAUGGUUUCUGGCUUCGUCUAGAUUCCCAAUGUUUUAAAGUUCUGGUUAAUAUGUGUUUCAAUGGCUCCUUUUUUACCAAUAGUUGUUUGAUGCUCGGUUAAUCAAAGACAAUAGUUCAGGCACUGGUGUAUUUUGGAAUAUUUGCCCAAUGCUUUUCGAUCAUUUGUGGCAGAUUUUGUGGUACGUAUGAGAAAUGAAAGAGAAUAUUAUUUUUCCAGUCAAUUACUUGACGUUGUCUGAUUGUCAAAUCUUUACGUCCACUGUGUAUGUCUAAGUGCUUGUCUAGCUGUGACAAAGAAGAUCGCCUUCCUAUUGUAGUAUUCAUUGCGUGUGCUACAACUCCUCUUCGACGAGAUGGAUAAUUUUAAAUAAUAAAAUAACUUUUCUUAUUAAAUAUGAUGAUAAUAAUGAUGCAAAAUGACAGCGAAAUCAGACGUCUUCCAUAUUUAACACCCAUUGCUGAACUAAAAAAUGAUGAAAACAGUUCGAGUCGAAAAGUGAUUUAUCAUGUCGAAAGAGUGUCUGGUAGUUGAAACAAAAGUGCACAGAGUGUCACAGCCUUCUGUUAAAUUUUGCUUUCGAUACUGUGAAGAGCGCAUACUAUCAAGCAGCAAAGAGCCACUUGUUAGAACUUCUAACGUGAACUUCAUGUUAAAAAGUAACGGAUACUAUGCCCAUACAAUUAGCACCUCCUUUUUAACCACACCAUUUAUGUACUAAACCGAUCUACAUACAUGUAUCCAAAUCCAAACAUUAUCUUGAU